GACUGCUGAAGGGAAGCUGGUGCUGCUGCCGGCCCGCAGGCAGGGCGGGAGAAAAGCGCCGGGGGCCAUGGAGAGGCGCGCGCCAAGGCCGCCGCUGCUGCUGCUGCUGCUCUUGGUGGCCCUGGCCGGAGCCCCGCAGUUGGCGCGCGCGCAAGUGCCUUCCAAAGUGUCGCGCGGCGUAGCCGUCCCCUUUGUCUUCGACCCGCACGCCGUCUGCAGCCCGCCUUGCCAGCACGCGGGCCUGUGCAUCAGGAACGGCACCUGCUUCUGCGCCAAGGGCUACGAGGGCGAGCGCUGCCAGCACGCAACUUGUUAUCCAAAAUGUAAAAAUGGUGGGAAGUGUCUCAGACCUGGAAAAUGCAGAUGCCAGCCUGGCUAUGGAGGAAGAUACUGUCAUAAAGUAAGCUGUGAAGGAGGAUGCCAAAACGGUGGGGAAUGUAUCUCUGUCAAUGCGAUAGUAAAGUGCAUUUGUGCUUCAGGAUGGACAGGUUCAAGAUGCCAAGAAGCAAUUUGCCCUCAAGGAUGUCACAAUGGAGGUGCUUGUGUGGCUCCUGGAAUCUGUAGCUGCGCAGCCGGCUGGGUUGGUGGGGCAUGCCAUUUAGCAUUAUGUAGACUGCCUUGUCACCAUGGAGGCAAAUGCAUUGCUCCAGAUGUGUGCAGAUGUCGUUCACCAUACUCUGGUCUACAGUGUACCAAGAGAAUAAAGGAAUGAAACA